AUGCAAAACUUAUAACAAAUAAUUAAUGAUUCGAAGGUGAUUUAUUCAAAAUAGUAGAUCUUGGAUUAUGUAAAAGAACACUAGAUAUACUUUCCUACUAAUUUAGAAUCUAAACUUUUAAAAUGGAAUAGCAAACCAUUAAUUAAAUAUGAAUCAGAUCAAUUAGAAGUAAGUUUGGGAGUUUUCUUUUGUUAAGUGAUAAAAUUAUCAUAGUAAUAAUCUGUAAGUUAAGACUAUUCCUACUUUCAAAAUAAAAAUUAAUAGUUAAACGAUAUCAAUCAAAAUUAAUAUAUAAAACUUUGUCACCAUUUUUUCCCAAAUACAUUAUAAGGCUUUCCUCAAAAUAUUAAUAAUUCUAAAAUUUUUGAUUAAUAAUUAUUUUAAUGUUUUGCUCUAGAAAAACAUUUAAUUGGAGAGCACCCUUAAUAAUUUUAAAAUCGAUAAUAUAUUUCACUUAAAAAUCAAAGUGAAGAGAAAUUAAACUAUAAAAUUUUGGUAUAUCAAAGCCCUCAUUAAUAUGGCUCUUAAGUACACAUUAUAUUUUCAACAAACAAUGAUAUUGAUAUUCUAACCAAUAAAAUUUUUUCCAAUAUUCCUCCACUUACUUAAAAUUAAGGCAAACCCUAUUCCACAAUCUAACCUUAUGUUAAUAAAAGCAAUUCUAAUACCUAGUAUAAAGAUUCAGAAUGUCAAAAAUAUACUAUUAGAGCAGGGAAUGGCUCCCAAACUUUACUUGGAUUGGGAAUUCCAUCCAAUCCCAUUAAUCAAAUUCAAAAAAAUCAUCAAAUAAAUCGGAACUUUAGUAGUAUUAAUUUAGCACAAAAGUAACAGUUAAAAGUAAAAUAAUAAUAAAUAUAAUAGAAAUAGGAAUAGGAAUAAUUUUAAAUAAAUAUGAAGAGCUAACCAAUUAAGGGAAAUAUAACCUCAACAAAUAACUUUUCAGAUAAUUAUAAUAAUUGCCUAGAAACACCAAAAAUUAUGGAUACCGAAAUUGAAAAAUAAGAAAAUUAACAAAUUAACAAAAAAUUAUUUUCAUCAACUAUUUAGCCUAGAAAAAAUGAACCUAAAAAAAAAUGUGAUAAAUGUUAGAUUGAAUUUGUUUUAAAUUUUGAUUAAUCCAUUUAGACACCUUGCUGCAAUGAAAAGGUUCACAGUCAAUGUCUUUAAACUUAUUUAGAUGAGAAAGCUAAGGAAAACAUGAAUUUUGAAAAUUUGCCUUGUUUUGCUUGUGAAAAAUAACUCAAAGAUUAUGAAGAUUUUCUAAAGCAUAAUAUUUCUAAAGAACUUUACGAUAGUAUAAUAAAAAGAAGAUUUUUCUCAAAUGUUUCUUUAGGUCACUCUCUUAGAGAAAGCUGCCCUGAUUAUCAACAAUUAAAAUAGUUUUAAUAAGAUAAAUCUAUUAUUUGA